GAAUAGCUCAAACCAUAUUCAGCACACGGUGUAGUUCAAAUACGAAGAGAAACUAAUUUUGAUACUUUUAUCUAUUUUUUAUGCGAAAAACAAUGAAUAUAUUUUUUAAGGCGAUGAAAUUAAUUUAAAAUAAGAAAAAAAAUUCAAAAUCAACCGAAAAUAGUUCAAUUUCAGAUUUUUCCAACAAGAACAUAUCCGAUUUUGCUGCUCAUCGCUUGACAUUAGUCGUGCUAUGGAAUGACAGUUCUCCAUUCAUUGUUCAGCACGAUGUAUAAACCAUUGCAAACGUAGAAGAUAAAGAAGUCAUACAUUUUUUUUUGUUAGUGUGAUUCCUGCGUAAAAUUUGAUUGCCAAAAAUAGCCCGAGUAAAUCCUUUUCACGUGCAAUUUUCGCGACAAAAUCUGGAAAAUUGCAAAUUUAAGGCCAUCAGUUCCUUGACAGUGACAAUGAAAAUCUAACCACUCAUAACAGUAAUAACAAUAACAAGGCGAACGCAACAUUUUGGUUGCUCCAAUUUGAAAUGAGAGCAUUUUAACCUUGAAAGCAAAUAGCGGCAACAAUAUUUUUCGACGGCAGGAUUGUAGUUUUUAGAGCACAAUUAUUUUCGUUGUUGUUGUUGUGUUUAAUUUGUCGGCCACAAGCGCUAGCUGAAUAAAUAAUGACUGAUUCAAAUUGGGAAGCAUUGGCUGAAAUUUAUCUACGACAAAUUGAUCCAUCCGAACUUGAGGAUCGUGAAUAUACGCUUUGCUUGUGUAGCCGUGUAUUGGUUAAAAAUCAAAACGAAGCCGUUGCGAUCGAACAAGAGGAAUUGAGCGAAGCGUAUGACAUUUUCAACGAACAGUAUUGUGAAAAUCACCCCGCUACCACCACCAUGAAUCGAAAGGAACAUUCACAAGAGGAAGAAGAUUCCGAUGCAAACAGUUGUUAUUUUUCGGCAAGUGCAUCGCAUACCGAUAAUUAUUGCACCACUGAUGAACAUGAACGUGACAGUGGUGCGGAUAUCUCUGAAUAUCAUGGCGUUGCCAGUACGUCGCGUGAACAGUUCAAACGAUCGCAUCGCGAUGAGGGUAGUAAAAGUAGUUCAACGAGCGUUGAACGUGAUCAAACCAACAGUUUGUCGGAGAUAGUCGAAGAGAGAGACAUAAAUGAGCAAUGGGAGAAAUUUUGGUCGAAAAAUUGCGAACGAUUGAUUUGGACGUCGUGGAUUGAAAAUUAUUCCGAUUUUAUUAGCCCGGAAUAUCAACAGUUGCCCGAUGAGAAUUGUGAGAACGAACAAGAAGAGUUGCAGAUGGAAAAUGAAGAGAGUAAGGCAGCCGAUGAAAACAAGGGAUCAACCGAACCAACAACAGAAACCUCACCGUCAGCCGAAAAUCGUGCAAUGGCCAUUGUCGUUUCAACUUGUUCGCCCGAUGUAACCGAAUCCAAAGCAAUCAAUAGUGAUGAGCUAAACCAAUACGAUUCACACUUGCGAGAUAUGAUGGACAGUUUAGCAUUGCCGCGAUGCGAUUCGGUUUCCUCAAGCAUUCCAAUGACCAUCAACACCACCGAUUCCAUGACCAAUGUCACACAAAUCACUUUGUCCAGUUACGGUUUCUGCAGCAGUCGCAUCACUUCAUCGGAAAAUUCACAAAUUUCGGAGAGUACACCAUCAUCUCUAUCGGCACCAUUCAAUUUUGACGAAGAGGAUGAAACUAAAAUCGAAAUGAUGCACGAAGAAGAUUCGGCCGAUCAACAAUGGCAGCUACUCUGGCAACAACACUACCAAGAACAGUACAAUAAGCAUUACACUGAAUUCAUGGCCGAACGCAAAUGGGCGAAAACGUGUACGUUGAGCAAAGACACCAAGUCAGUGGCCAGUGAACCCAUUAAUACGGAUGACGAUGAACUAGAGUUAACAGAACUAAAGCAAUUGGCAGAACUUGGUCUGCCGACAUCAUUUGGUGGUAAAUUCAAAGGCCAUUUCAAGCAUCCAAAUUCACGUCAAACCGAAGAACCGAACACGGAUCGUGCCAAAGCCGCAUUCACUCUUAUGGGAUACUCAUUUCAAACUGACAGUUCACAAGACUCAAACGGGCAUGUGAUGUACAGAAAACGAAACAUUCGAUUGCAUAACAACAUGUUAAAGAUGAAAAAGAAGCGCAUCGACUUGGAUAGUUCGGCUCGUGAUGAAGCGCUGUUGAAUUUGAUAGCCGAUUCAUCGUCGGAUGAAACCGAUAAACCAGUUCUCAGUAUCAACCUUGUAAAACAAGAUUCACCCGAGCAAAAUGCACCGAAAGAAAAUGACACCAGUAAUGUUACUGACAGUGUUAGCACCACAACUGAUGAAGCCACCAACAAAAUCGAUUGCAGUGAAAAUUCAAAGGGCACUGCCGUUGCUGCCGAAUGUUGUCCAACGAAUAAAUGUGAUAUUGCCGUUGAAACGAAGACAGAGGUGGAAGCCGCUACAGUGGCCAUCGUCGAAGACAAUAUUGGUGAACCGGUCGCAAAAUCGAAUAGCAAAAAAUCGAAAAAGAAACGUCGUCAAAAUAAGAUGCUUGCCGGAUUACCAGCGGAAAUUGCAAAUGAUCGAACACUUUACAAAUAUUGGUGCAAGCGAUUUUCACUAUUCUCCCUAUUCGAUUUGGGCAUCAAACUGGAUCGUGAGAGUUGGUUCUCGGUGACGCCGGAAAAAGUUGCAAUCUACACAGCGAUGCGCUGUCAAUGCGAUGUGAUUGUUGAUGCAUUUUGCGGUGCUGGCGGAAACACCAUUCAAUUUGCGAAAACGUGUCAAAGAGUUAUUGCGAUUGACGUUGACGCAAAGAAAAUUGAAAUGGCAAAACAUAAUGCGAGUAUUUAUGGAGUGGCCGAUCGAAUAGAAUUUAUCGUUGGUGACUAUUUUCAGUUGGCGUCAACGCUCAAGGCUGACGUUGUGUUUCUCAGUCCACCAUGGGGUGGGCCACAGUAUCUGAAAGAAGAUGUUUACGACAUUGAAACUUCAUUGCUUCCGUUGCCCGCCUCCGAGCUAAUGGCUUUCACCCGACAAAUCACACCGAACAUUGCCAUUUAUUUACCUCGCAACACAAACACGUUUCAACUGGCAAAACUCGCCGGUCCCGGCAAUUCAGUCGAAAUUGAACAAGGAUUUUUAGAUCGAAAACUCAUUGCAAUCACCGCAUUUUAUGGGAAUCUGUUAAAAAAAGCACCGGCCUAAAACUACAUGCGAAACAGUGAUGGUUUCAGCAUUAACGUAUGACACAAUAAACUAAACAAUCUAACGAUUUAUUUGUACCAUUUUAAUUUGAAACAUUUUCGCUUUAAGAAUUUCUAUGGAAGCCAAGCUUUUGAUAGCAAAAUUUUUUUUCCCGUUCGUAUGAUAUUCGUAUGCACAAAAAGAGAUAAGCAAACACCGAAUCGAAAUCAAAAUAUUGGUUUUUACGUUCAAUUGGUGAGAAAACUUGAGUACAAAAUGUUAUGAAUAAGUCUAUCGUUUAAUUUAUACUAUGAUUAUCAUAUCGCAAUAUUUUUAAGCGUUCAUAGCCAAAUUUUUGCUUCCAUGUGACAAAUCAAACUGAUUUCUCUUUCAGCUUUUCAUCAUUUAAUCAAAAAUCAUUGAAAUGAACGAAUUCGUUAUUUUUUUCAAAGUCAAAAGCUUCACUUAUGAUUCGCAAAAGACAUUUCUUUUGUCAAUUUUUUAAGGUAAUUUUUUUUCCUCGUAAGACUCAGUCUAUAUUAGUGUGAAGAAUCUUCACUGAAGAUAUCGAUGAAAAAAAAAUAACAACAACUAAAAACGUAUCCUAUCUGAAUAGAACCAUUGUCGAAUGUAAUUUAGAUUAAGGUGGAACCAUUUUGUAAAACAGUGAACGAAAACAGAUGAAUUUUAAAAAUAAAGAAAGACGUGAAUGAAAUCCA